CCCUAAUGUACCAUGGUUACAUACUCUCAACACCCACACCAAUUCUCAACCUCAAGUUAUCAUCUUCAACAACCAUGCUCUAACCUUUCUUCCUCAAAAAACCUCUAAACAAUGUCCUCAUCAAUGGCUUUUAUCUCCUCAACACCAACAAAUCUUCCAUCUUUUUCAUCUUCCUCCAAAACCCACUUCCCAAUCAACCCAUUUCUCUCUCUAAACCCUCAAAGUCGCCUGCUUUUUGUGCCUGUUAGAGCUACUGAAAAUGGGUCUGGAGCGGCCAUUGUUGUGGAGGGAAAGAAAGAUUUUGAGACGAAGGAGGAUCCGAUCGGAAAUGGAGCCCCGGUAGCGGGUGUGGUGGAUGAAGUUGUGGUGUUUGAAGAUCCGAAAUGGGUUUCGGGUACUUGGGAUUUGAAGCAGUUUCAGAAAGAUGGAGCUACUGAUUGGGAUGCUGUUAUUGAUGCUGAGGUUAAAAGAAGGAAAUGGCUUGAAGACAAUCCGGAAUCUUCCAACAAUGAUUUCGCUGUAGUUUUCGAUACCUCCAUUAUUCCGUGGUGGGCGUGGAUGAAACGGUUUCAUCUUCCUGAAGCCGAACGGCUCAACGGCCGGGCUGCAAUGAUAGGGUUCUUCAUGGCUUACUUUGUGGAUAGUUUGACCGGGGUGGGUCUAGUUGACCAAAUGGGAAAUUUCUUCUGCAAAACACUUCUUUUUGUAGCAGUAGCCGGUGUUCUUUUGAUCCGAAAGAACGAGGACAUUGACACCUUGAAAAAAUUAAUCGACGAGACUACCUUUUACGACAAGCAGUGGCAAGCAACUUGGCAAGACGAGAAGAAAUAAUAGCGAGUGUCGACAAUGAAGUCAAUCUUUAUGAUAAAGUUUGAAUCUUUAAAGUUUGUUGUAGAUCAACUUUCUUGUAGCCCAUGUUUUAAUGGUUUAUUGGUGUUUAAUUGUUUAUGUAAUGUUAUAUUUGGACAGUAUAAGAUCACAACAAUUAUGUGGUUGAAUU